AGGAAAAUGAGCAACGCCGCGGUUAUCAUGGUGAUGUUGCUGGUGCCAUUCGCAUCCCUCUCCGCGGCGUCGGUGUAUUCACGAAGCGCCUUUCGGAGUGCGCCUUGCCCUCUCUCUGCAGUUGGCCUUCCUGAGCGUCGUCUGCGCGGCUCGUCUGUGCACCUAGGACCCGGUACUCACGCAGCUCACCGACUGUCCCCCCGACCAGCCUCGCCCACCGGCAGCCAGACACAGAAUGAGGAGGCCAAGAACACACAGGUCGGCGGGGGAGAUCCAUUCACCAUGCACAUCCGAUGGAAUGGAUAUGUGGCUGUGUGUGUGCGCACCAGCCUCCCUGGGCGGCUUCGCCGGAUGACGCGCUGCGACUGCCUCGAUAUAUCGUUGUAAGCGACCAAUAGUCGACACACAACUCACACGCGAUUACACAACGUGUGUGUGUGUGUGUGCAGGACAGCGAUCCUGCCGCUACAGGUCGGUCAGUGCACUCGUCUGUCUUGUGUGUUUGUCUACGGUUGUGUCUGCGUGAGAGUGUAUGCGUGCAGCCAGGUUGGAUUUCAUCAGAGACGAGUUCAACCAAAUCAGCAAAGAAAUCGCGGACAGGCUCGUAGAGCGCUGGAACUUGAGACAUGCACAGAAAGACAAGUAAGUAGGCCUCGAUGUCUGUCUGUCGUUGCACAACACUGACGCACCAACCAACCACUGCGCACACGUCCGUCUGUCUGUCUGCGGACCGACGAUGCCAUCCCAUGCAGCCCGGAGGCGUGGGCAGCGUACGUGAAGGUCCACGACAACGAGAUGAACUAUCUCCUCGCCCAGCAGGAUCAGUGGCUGGGGCUGUGUACGUGUCGAUUUUUACCACAGAUACACACAUACCAGCACAACGGAUGCAUGUCCGACAACUAACACGUUUGUGUUUUUGUGUUCAUUCGGUCAGGGACAGGCGAGCUGUUGUACACCUGGCAGUACGUCGGACGUGGCCGAUACGUCGAAGACAAUGGUACGUAACAACACAACCACCCGAGGGCCGCAUACAUAAUUUGUGCGAGUGCACAGCACACAGACACGUGCCGCAAAUCGCACCACCUACCCAAUACACAGGCACUCACACGUGUGUGUGUUUGUUUGUUUGUGAGUGUUUGUGCGUGCAGACGAGUCGCAAGAGAAGAGCGAGAGAAUGAAGAAGGACAAGGCGCUGAGAUGAGCCUGAGAUGAGCCUCUUGUGUACAUUUCGGUGUUAGCCUUCGAAGUGGUGUCUUGAGAGAAGUGGUGUCGUUUUUCCUUACGUGUACGUGUCGUUUUUGUUGUGUGACACCUGACACCGCCGGCCGGCAGAUCCAUGAACAAUCAGUACGAUUAAUUGAAUAUUCAACCAGC